GUUGAAGCUGCAGAGCCCAAGAAGAAGGAGGAGGAGCGCUGUCAUGGCGGCCAAGGUGGUGAUGGUGGCCGUCCCGACGGUGAUUGGCAUAGCCUCCAUCCGAGUGUAUACAGUAAGCGAAGUGCCCACUGAUGGACUGGUUACUCGAGAAAAGCUGAACAUCUACAACCCGCUGCCACAGUCCGCUCAGGCCCAGUUUGUUCCAGAGACGCCGGGUGUUAUUCAGCAUGGGUUAACUACAGCGAGAGAGAGCAUACUACCAUUUGUCCAGGCUGUUAAGGGUGCCUGUGUCUCUGUGAAAACCACAAGUGUUAAUCUAUACCAUGCAGGAGAGGAUGUGUACUAUUACUUAAAAGACCCUCCACCAGGUUUUCUACCCAGAUUUGGCACCAUCACCAUGGCUGGCCUGAUCGGCAUGUUCUUGACACGGAAAGGCUCUCAAUUCAAGAGGCUAGCUGUUCCGCUGGGCCUGAUGAGUGCAGGAGCGUCAGUGUGCUACCCGGCUCAGACAGUGGCUGUGUUUAAGGUGACAGGUAAGAAGGUGUAUGCUGUAGGACAGUGGAGCAGCGCUGCUGUGUCUUCCCUGCUCGCGUCCAAGCCUCAGGAGCCCGUCGCCAAGGAGGUUGCUGCUUCACAACCAGAGACAGUGCCAAAUCCAGAGUCUGCAGUAGGUCAGGAGUCCAGCUUCACCAAACACGGCUCACCUCAGGGCUCUGCAGUCCCAGAGACAGAGGUGAAAUCAGCGGAGUCUGUUUCUCUCCCUGGUGAGCCUGCUGUCGCUGUCAAAACAGAGGAGGUGUCAUCAGUAACAAUCACACAGAUAUCCCCUGACCAGACCCCCACAGAGACCAACACAGACCCAGUGCCACAAUCAGUGCCAGCAGAGACAGAAGUCACCACAACCUCAGAGGAAAUAUCUGCACCUGUAGCAACUGAGGAGCCUUCAGACAUUAAACAAGCACCAGCCAAGCCCACACCAAGCUCUGAACCCGAGACGAUAGAGUCUACACCAGUAGAGUCUGCACCAGAGGAGGCUGCACCAGUAGAGUCUGCACCAGAGGAGGCUGCACCAGUGGAGGCUGCACCAGUAGAGGCCGUGUCAGCAGAGGCUGCACCAGCCGAGUCUGCACCAGCGGAGGCUGCACCAGCCGAGUCUGCACCAGCGGAGGCUGCACCAGCCGAGUCUGCACCAGCGGAGGCUGCACCAGAGGAGGCUGCUCCAGCGGAGGCUGCACCAGAGGAGGCUGCUCCAGAGGAGGCUGCUCCAGAGGAGGCUGCUCCAGUGGAGGCUGCUCCAGCAGAGGCUGCUCCAGAGGAGUCUGCUCCAGAGGAGUCUGCUCCAGUGGAGGCUGCUCCAGCGGAGGCUGCUCCAGAGGAGGCUGCUCCAGCGGAGGCUGCUCCAGAGGAGGCUGCUCCAGUGGAGGCUGUUCAUUCCCCUGCAGAACCAGCUCCUCCAGAGGCCUCAGACAAGCCAGCAGAGCCAGCUGUUGAAUCAGCCGAGCCCGAACCUGCUGCUCAACCUGAGUUAGCUCACCCACUGCAGGUUACUGCUGUGGAGGAGACACCAACCCCUACACUCACACCACCUCCUCCUCAACAGCCUGCAGCAGAAAACAACAAAGGGGGCACCAGUUUCAAGCCAGACCCUGCUCUGAUGGACUUUGGCCAGUCUAGCCCCGAGGAUGAAGACCUGUACAGCACACGCAGCUGAGACACUACAGCCGUCCGUAGGAGAAGGCUCAUUCCCACACUGCCAUCUCGCAUCUUAUUCAGAUACACAAACACUGUGUCGUUAUGCAGUGUAAAUAGGCCGUUUUGCAAGCAAGCAGAGUUAGGAAGUCUUUAAUCAACAUUUCCAUUCUCAUUUCUUCGGCCCACAUCAUGUAUAUUUCCACAGAAAAGGUCCAAGUGCAUUUGCUUUGUUGCAGCAGAGCAGUGAAUUCCCAUACACAGAACUGAGUCGGGCUGCUCAGAAGGACAGAAACGUGGAAAAAAAUACACCCACAACUGUUUACAAAUCUUUAUUCACAGAUGGCAGAUUGUGAAUUUUUCUCUCCGUUUGUGUCAUUUAACAACUAUUGGCUUUAUGGGCGACAGCUUUCACAGUCAUGAGUGCAUGGUGCUUUUAUUUAUUGUAAUUUAGCCCACUGUGUUGGUAUGUUAAAAAUACUGCACAUGUGCAGCUAAUGGUUACAAGAUGGACUAGUGCUUUUCCUUUUGAUCACAUCGAAAAAUGUCCAUGUCCUCAGUUGUUUAGAACCAAAAAAUAAAUCUAUAUUUUUCAUGAUUUUA